AUGCUAAAGCAACUACUUCAAGGGCAAGCUGAUGGGGUAGUGGACACAAGCAAGAAGCUAGCUGAAAUAAACUCUAAGAUCGAGAACCUCAACACAAGGGUUUACUCUCUGGAGAAUCAUGCUUCUUCUGUUGCUGCUGCUACAAAGCAAGGACAACUACCUGGUAAAGCUAUUCAGAACCCCAAGGAACAGUGCAAGAGAUUGUUGCUGCUGAGGCUCCUGGAGUCCAGAUUGAUCAACCAGAAGUGCAUGCACCUACUGUGGCCAUUCACACUUCACCAGUUGAGCUCGCACGACAAGCUCGAUCGGCAGCUCGAUCGAGUCCGAACCUCUUCUGUCCGACAGCCUGUUUUGCUUGAUCCUUAUCAACCGGUUGCCGCUUCCUCGUCUCGCCUACUUAGUCAAGGUCACAAGGAAGUGAUUCACAAGUUCAGAAGAGAUCUCAGUGGGAUUGGAAUUGAGUUGCCUCCUAUGGAUAGCAUGAGUGAGGCAUUUGAUCAAAUGCAAAUGGUCAAGGAUGUUCUAGCCAACAGUGAUAAAGUUUCAGAGGUCCUACAAGAGUCUACUCAUCAGUUCAACCUGCUUACUUCACCCACCUUCCUACCAAAGGUCAAGGAUCAAGGGAAAUUCACUCUCCCUUGCACACUUGGGCAUCUUGAGAUUGACAAUGCCUUAGUGGAUUCUGGAGCAAGCAUCAAUCUGAUCUCUCUCUCCAUGGCAGAGAAGCUAGGCAUAGCUGGAGCCUUGCAGCGCCCUACUACUUCAAUCAUGUUUGGAGAUGCAACUUCUAAGUCUCCUCUUGGAGUGUUCAAGAACUAUCACUUGAAAAUUGGAGAAUGCAUCAUCCAAACUGAUCUCACUGUGAUGGAAAUGGAAGAAGAGAAGGAUUUGCCUUUUAUUGGGAACCCCUUUCCUUAUACCAAUCUCAGUUCUAAGAGUCAUGGAGCUACAAAGGUUGUGAAGGAAAGGGUUGACAAGGAACCAAGAGUUGGGAAGGAUAAGGAUGAGAGAGGACCAAGGAUUGAGAAGCCACGUCUUGAGAGGGCUAGAGUUGAGAAACCACGAUCUGAUAGGCCAAGAGCUGAGCGACUUGUUCAAGCCCCUUGUGUGCUUGAUGAAGAGAGCCUUCAAGCUUUGUUUGAUGAGCCACUAGGAAGGGCUCUAAAGAAGGGGAGGAUGCAGCCUCUAAGGCAAGACCAGGAGAUAAAAGAAAGGAUCCACCAGCUCAGGCCCCUUCAGUCAAGCCAUCUCAGCUCACAAUGA